CCUCGCCGUGCUCCUCGUCCCUCCCGCUCGCCUCUCAGGAGCAUGUCAUGUCCGCCAGCUGGCGAUCGACGAUGCUCACGUGCUCCUCAUUCCAAGGCCUCGAUCCGCGCUGCUGGUCAUGUGAUCCAAUUCCAGGCUGUGCCGAGGCUCGUCUCUGCCUCGCGCCUCGACUCCCAGCAUCUCCUUCCCCCCCUCAGCCCACACGCACCGCUUGGUCAGCAGCCGCAGCAGGGGCGCAUCUUAGGGGCCGCAGCGCCGCAUCUAGGAGCUCGGCGUCCGAGCUCGGGGCUGUGCCGGACGCCAGUGAGAACAUCUACAUUGCCGGCGGGCGUGCGGCGUCUCGCUGCGCCGAGGCUCGCCUCCUCUACUCCUCUGCUCCUCCUCGGCUCCUCUCGCUGCUCUCGUGCGACUGCUGACCUUCCGGGAAUAGCGCUUGCAAGCACACGGCCGAGAAGCAGAACACCGGCUGGGAGCAGCCGAGGAGGCAGACGAGCUCGUCUUUUCGCUGCUUCAUUCGCACCUCCAGCACACGCACUCAGCUCUCAAGCGCAAAAGGCGAGCGAUUCAAGAGGCCGAGUGUCCAAUCCAAUGCGCCGCCCAACGGUGACCGUGCAUCGCUAUGCUGCGCCCACCGCUCGACACUGCGGCUCUCGUACUCUGAGGCAGCAGACGAGCUGCGCCCCCGCUUGCCCUGCCACGUCGCCGGUGACGCAACAAACCCUUGGGUCUGCCGCGCUGGUCCCUAGGGUGUGCAGGGUGCUGCGAAUAGCUCGUCUCCUGCACGAACUGGCCUGAUGCUGGUGCGUGCAGUCUUUCUCCUCUGCUGAACAAAGGGAGAAGGGGAGAGGAGGCAAUGCAUUCAGCCCGCAUUCGCGCCCCCAGGGUAUCUGGACGCCGAGCUGCCGAGUUCGGCAGCAAUGCGCUGGAGUAGGCAGCACAGCCUUGUGUAGGUCCCUUGACCCCACCGGCUCCUGCUGCUGCCCCACCGCUUCGAGAGAGACAGAGGAGUCGUUGG